CCUCAGGCUGAUUCCCAAAGCCCCAGGUGCAGUGGACAGACCUCAGCGGGAAGAAGUUCCUGGAGUUCUCUGAGGCCCAUGCCCAGGACGCAGCAGGGCUGUUCAGCGUGGAGGCGGCUCUGGUGGUGAGAGACAGCUCUGCAGGGAGUGUGAGCUGCUCUGUCCUCAAUCCCAUCCUGGGCCAGGAGAAAGUGAUGGCCGUGUCCAUCCCAGAGCCCUUCUUCCCGCAGGCUUCUCCCUGGAAGGCAGCUUUUGCUGGGAGCCUGAUGGUGCUGGGGCUCCUGCUCUUUGGGGCUGGCUGCUUCACCAGGAGAGAGCACUCUGCAAAGCUGCAGGAGAAGGAGAAACAGGAGAAGCUGCGCCGGGCUAAGGAGGAGGGUAGGAGGAAGACAGCUUACCUGGCUGCCUGGAGGAAGGCGCAGCUGUAUGCUGACUGGCGGAAGGAACGGUUCCAGGCCUGGCCUGUCACUCUGGAUCCAGUGUCCGCCCAUAGUGGUCUUGCCCUCUCUCCUGACAAGAUGAGUGUGACCUGGAAGUACACCACUGGGAAGGACAUUCUCUGCCCUGUGUGGGGCCUUGAGGGUAUCACGUCAGGAAGAUGUUACUGGGAGGUGGAGAUCAGGAGUGGAGUGUACAACUGGUGGUCUCUGGGGGUCUGUAGGGAGAAUGUGACAAGGACAGGCAGGUAUCUAGAGUCCCCAGAUAUGGGGUUCUGGGUUGUGAAGAGGAUUAUCAAUAACUAUUAUGCUAGGACCAAGUCUAGGCAGGCUCUUUCCCUUAGACAGGAACCCCGCAGGGUGGGGAUUUUCCUGGACUACAGUGAGGGGGACGUCUCCUUCUACAACAUGACUGAUGGCUCCCAUAUUUUCUCCUUCUCCCCAACUUCUUUCUCUGGAACCCUCUUUCCAUACUUCUCACUCAGGGGAGACGUGACCCUGAGCAUCUGCCCCACAGAGGGGCGGUCUGAGGGGCUCCCUGUGCCCCUUAGCAAGUCUCCUUCUUUGGAGGAGGCUGUGAGGCCCCCAGGGGAGGGGCUCAGCUCAGGCUCUGGAGUGGAUGGAGCUCCCCCAGGGGCUGAGUCUCCAUUGCUGCCCUGAGCCCCACAGGGGCCCUCACUGCCCCGACUCCUCAGUGAGACUCUUGCUGGGGAUGCAGGCUCCUGGGACAAAGCCUCUGGGGCAAGUCCUGGAUGGCCAGAAAUGUCUCCCCCUGUGUUUAUCAGAAUUGUUCAUUCAUGCACUGUGAUCAAAGACAGAAGAUGAAAGUUGAUGU